AUGUCCUCACCUGCGCGAAGCCGUUCGCGCUCCGCUCCACCCCCCGACAACGACGUAGAAAUGGACACCGCCGCCCUCCCCACCAACGGCGACCGCUCACCCUCCCGCACACCCAGCAACCACAGCCGCACACCACGCAGUCGAAGUCGCGGACGCAGCUACACCCGCUCCCACAGCAGAAGCAACAACAACAACAGCCGCUCCCGCUCACCCUCCCACCCCCGAAGCGCCAAGAUAGUCAUCGAGAAGCUCACCAAAAACGUCAAUUCAGCCCACCUCCGCGAAAUCUUCAGCACCUACGGACCCAUAUCCGAAUUGGAGAUGCCACUGAACCCGCAGUUCAUGAUGAACAAAGGCAUCGCGUAUAUUCUAUAUCAGAAUGCGAGUUUUGCGGAGAAUGCCAUCGCGCAUAUGCAUGAGGCGCAGUUGGAUGGGGCGGUGAUUAAUGUUAGUAUUGUGCUUCCACGCCGACGCUUCUCCAGGAGUCCGCCUAUGAAACGACCACCGCCUGAUCGGUUUGGGGAGCCGCAUCGUUUGAGGCAGCAGGGUGGACCACCGGGGCGAGGAGGUCCGAUGAGCGGGAGAGGUGAUCGAGCUUUUGGGGGUGGUGGAAGGGGCCCACUGCCUCGAGCUUCUCCGGGGUAUGGUGGUGGAGGGAGACGGUCGUCGCCGCCGAGGUAUGGAGGGGGACGAGGUGGUGGCGGAGGAGGAGGAGGGGGAGGAGGGUACAGGGAUCGAUAUGACGAGAGGGAUGGCUAUCAUGGCCGCAGUCCGCCGCCGAGGAGGAGAAGGAGUCCGAGUUAUGAUAGUAGAAGUAGGAGUCCGAGUCGGGGUAGUCGAUCGCCGCCGCCUAGAAGGAGAGGUUAUACGUCGCCGCCGAGACGGGGUGGACGUGGUGGAGGAGGUGGGGGUGGGAGAAGGAGGAGUCCGAGUUAUGAUAGUCAUAGUAGUCGGAGUAGAAGUCGGAGCAGGGAGCGUGGUGGGAGGAGGCGGUGA